AAACGGCAUAAGGAACAAACACACGGGGUGUUGUGGUUGUGGAUUUUUGAGGAAACUUUGACCGAACGUGUGGCGCUGGGUGCGUGAUGUGCUUUCUUAGUUCUCACAGUUUGCGAUUUCGCUUUGAAAGCACAACCGUUCGAUAUAUUAUUGCAAUGGUCAGCGUCAAUCGCGGCGGUGGGAAGAACAAGAAAAGAAGAAACCACGCAGAGACGAGAGUACUAAAACGCAACAAUGCCCUCCUCUAAAUCCAGCCUCGUGACCGGCGGUGCGGAGCACGCCACACAGCAGGUCAACCUUCACGCAACGGCAGAGAGAACAAACCGCCACCAUGAUCCGGCGGGCAACGGGAUCAACGCAGUCGGCACCAUAUGCACUGCAAAAGUAUCAUGCUCGUAGUAAUUACAGUGAUCAUGCAUGAUAAAUCCUCGACAUUAGGUAAUAAAUCGGCAUUUACAAAUUCCACUUCUCUUCUGUAGGAAAAUUUGUCAUGCAGUUUAUAACUAGUACUAGCACGAUGCAGCUUUAUUUGCAAUGCAUAUAACAGCAAUCCACUGGAGAAAUUAGUCCGGAUCGCGUGGGACGCAAUCGAGAAGGAGGAUCUCGUGCACGCCAAAGUGGCCUUGUACGACGAUGACAGCCGGCAUCAUGGUAGCUCCUCCAGUAGCUCAUCAAAUUGUAUUACAAGUUCAUUCGCUGCAUCAAAAACAAAAAGCCCUGGUGGAGGCACGUCAGCUACACCUUUCACGACAAGCGCAGCAGCAUCUUCGGGGGGUUAUUUUGGCACCACGAGCCGCACCAACUCAUCUAGCAGUCUGCUUCAGGUAGCGGCAAAUGAAGUUAUGGGAAAGAACAAAGUGAAUAGUAGUGGAGCUGCCCCUUCUCUGUCCAACAUCACGUCGAGUUCUUCUUUUAUCCGGUACGACCUGAAUAGCAAGGUCGCCGCGUUAACCGCGUCGGUGUUGUACUGUUUGCACUGCUUCUUCGACGUGGAGUAUGCGAAAAAUGCGGAGCCGCCGAAAUUGUUCGCCUUUUCCUGGGAGGAGCAUGAGGUAUAGAUAAAGUUGACUCACAAGUAGCAGCAUGUGUGCUGAUCCAUUUUUACAUCCGACCUGCCUCAGCAAUACGAAAUAUCGUACUGUUGCUGCUUCUCCAACAGAACCGUACAAGAUCAAAAUUUCAUGAUGACACGGAAUUACAAAUUAGUCUUUCGCACUGAUGGCGUUGUCACGACAACAUCGGCGGAAAGACAAAUUCCCAUAUUUUUGUCUGAUUGAAGUUCUUUAAUAGGCAUCCACAUACAUUCAGAUCUGCACAAACCUGGAAGCUUUAUUUGAUUGUUGGUUUUUGUCGUGCAAGAUCUCAAAAUGUGGAGAAGUUUGUGAUGCAGAAUCGUGAAGAUCAUGAAUAGCUUCGACCUGAUUCUGUAAAACAAUCCGCUUUCCAGGUCCUCCUCGACCUACCACUCGAGCAGCUGCAGCAGAAACUCAGCAGCAACAGAAACACGGCAGAAGAAAACGAACUUUUGCUGGAAAAAAUCGAGGCGGAAUUUCUGCGCUUACACGACUUCUGGCAAACGCGAAGCGGUGAAGAAAUGCUCCGAAAUUCUGUUCCCGCACUUCCGGUCUUCGUGCCGAAGUUGCGGCAGUUGCUGCGGGCCAAGGUGGCAAGGCUGAAGACGGAGCUGGCUGUUGAGUCUGGUGUAGGAGAGUCGUGGAGUUGAGGUUUUAGACCUUCCUACAACUUCGUUGAUGUUUCUCCGCAUGAUCUGUAGAGCUACGUGCCACAACUUCAAAAAUGUCAUUCUGGUUUCGUUUCGCAGUUCGCUUGAUAUACGAGAAGCAAUAUAGUAACCGUCGGGGCUCGUUUGCUCGUGUAAGAUUUGAACAUUUUGAAAACUGGUGCACCGAUGGCCAUUUCUUCGAUACGCUGAAGCUGUGCUCCUUCCACAAGAACCUCAAGCAAUUUAAUACCAGUACUACGAAUUCGUCGAACAUAAACAUGUGUCGUGGGUCGUAGCAGAGCUAU